AUGGUAGUUUCUUGGCUGCGUAACUCCGUUAAUUCUGAAAUUAGCGCGAGCAUCAUGUAUAUUGAUGACGCGCAUCUGAUCUGGAACGAUCUUAGAGAUCGUUUUUCUCAAGGAAAUAUGGCUCGUGUUUGCCAGCUGAAACAACAACUUCUUAAUCUGAGGCAGGGAUCUGAAGAUGUAGGCUUAAAGAAAUGGAGCAAGUACCAGAUGCAAGAAUGCUCGAUGCAAUUUCUCAUCGGUUUGAAUCUCACAUUUGCUCAGAUUAGAUCUCAAAUCAUCUCUAUGAUUCAUUUUCCUUCAUUGUCACGGAUCUUUGCUAUGGUGCUUCAAGAAGAACGCCAAAGAUCUAUUGAAUUUGUGCCUCAAGCACCACAAAUCAACACUGAAAAUUCUGGUUCUAUGAUAAAUGCUACGGGUUAUGCUAGAGGCAGAGGUGCAAAAGGAAAAUUUCUUUGCACCAAAUGUGGAAAAACUAACCACACUGUUGAUAAAUGUUUUGAGAUAAUAGGCUAUCCCCCUGGUUACGGUAGAGGUCGGGGUAAAACACAAUCAGAUAGUGGCAGAUCUGUGAAUCAAGUCAGUGGAGCUGAGUCUGGAAAUUUGUCUAAGGCUAGUGGAACUAUGACAACCGCAGAUAUGGCUCAGAUCAUUUCAUUUUUGCAACAGCAAAUGCAAAAUAUUGGUGGUUCUUCUUCUACUGUAUCUGAUACUCAGAGCUCUAAGGAUUCUGCACCUACAAAUACUUCUCCACCAUUCAGUGGUACUGUCUCCUUAGCACCUCUCAUCUGUUCUGUUUCUUCUUCUACUUUAUGGCUCCUAGAUACAGGAGCUACUCAUCAUGUUUGGAAUAAUCCAUCUCUGUUCACAAACAUCUCUAAUACCUCCAAUGCACAUGUUAAUCUUCCCAAUGGAAGUAGUGCCUAG